AGAGAGCAACGGAUCUCUAUGCCGGACAACACAGGAAUGGCGGAAUCCAAACCCUCCAACAAGACCUUGGAGGAAGAAGGGAGCACAGAGGAGAAGAAGAAGAGGAAGAUGAAGAGUAAAGAGAGAGAUGCCUGGGCUAAGGAAGGCCCACGUGAUCCCUUCCAAAUGCUGGAUGCGUUGCCAGAGUCUAAGCAGCAGGAGAUCCAGCGGGCUCUGCACCUCUUCUCUCUGGGCCAGGGCCCCCCCAAGAGCCUGCAGGAGGCGCGCAGACACACAUACCGCUUCUGGGAUACACAACCAGUCAUAAAAAUAGAUGAGGAGGUGAAGGAGGUGAGUGAGCAGGGUCCAGUGCUGGAGCAGGAGGGGUGUGUGGUGCGCGAGGAGCCCUUCUCUCUACCGGAGGCCUUCAGCUGGGUCACACUGGACCUGCAGGACCCUACACAGCUGGACGAGCUGUGUGCCUUACUGAAUGAGAACUACAUGGAGGAGGAUGACAACACCAUGCGUUUCCUCUACACUCCCCAGUUCCUGCUAUGGGCUCUGUGCCCUCCUGGUUGGCAGUGCCAGUGGCAUUGUGGGGUGCGGGUCAACUCCAACAGGAAGCUGGUGGGCUUCAUCAGUGCCAUCCCUUGCACCGUGCGCACCUAUGACACGGUGCUGAAGAUGGCGGAGGUGAACUUCCUGUGUGUGCACCGCAAGCUGAGGACCAAGCGGAUGGCUCCGGUACUGUGCAGAGAGAUGGCCCGCCGCGUCAUGUUACAACAGGUGUUCCAGGGUGUGUUCUCCACCAGUGCAGUACUGCCCACGCCCACCACCACCUGCAGGUACUGGCACAGGUCGUUGAACCCGCGGAAGCUGAUCGAUGUGAAUUUCUCCUCUGUGGGCCGCUCCAUGACAGUGCAGCGAGCUCUCAAGCUCUACCGCCUGCCUCAGGCCCCCCGGACCCCCGGCCUGCGGCCCAUGCGUGAGGCUGAUGGGGCGGCCGUGUUGGCCCUGCUGCAGGGGUACCUCCAGGGCUUCCAGCUGCACCCCACCUUCAGCCACCAGGAGGCGCUCCACUGGCUGCUGCCCAGGGAACGCGUCAUCCACACCUAUGUGGUGGAGAGUACUGAAGGUGUGGUGACGGACCUGGUGAGUUUUUAUGUCUUGUCCUCCGUGGUGCUGAACCAUCCUGUGCACCGGAGUCUGAAGGCGGCUUUCCUCUACUACUACGCCCACACCUGCACACCUCUGGCACAGCUACUGGAGGACGCCAUGAUACUCGCCAAGGCGGAGGGUUGUGAUGUCUUCUCUGCUCUGGGCGUGAUGGAGAACCGGAGCGUGCUGGAGGAGCUCAAGUUCAACCCUUCGGACGCCCUCGUGCACUACUACCUCUACAACUGGAGAUGCCCCACCCUCACCAACGACAAGGUGGGCCUGCUGCUGAAGUGAUGGAGUGUGUGUGUGAGUCUGCAGCUUCAUGAAUGUAUUCAUCCACUUCCUGUGCUGUCCUGUGUGCUAUUCAUCCACUUCCUGUGUGCUAUUCAUCAGCUGUCUUAUUAUUCAGCAUUCUGGGUUUGCUCAUCAUUUCUUCCAUGGGAUAUAUUCAUGUCUUCACACACAAUGUAUCCAGUAAACACACACACACACACACACACACACACACUCAAUACAUCAGGUAAAAAAGUAACGAACACACACACACGCACAUGCACACACACACACACACACACACACAC